UCAAUAUUGGUAAAGGAUGCAAAGCAAAGAACGGGAGAGUUGUUCACGUCAAGAACCAUAACGAUGGAUAUGUCGCUGGACAGAUCCUUGGAUGAAAUUAUUAAAGACAAAAGAAAAAGUAGUGUCUUUCGAAGAACAGGAAAAUCCGAUCGUCAGAAGAGAAUUACCAAAAGACGGGGAAAGAAACCAGUAAAAAGAUCUACUUAUCAGAAUCCUUCUAUAGACGAUGAACCAUGGCAGCAUGAUUUGAACCAGGAAGAUGACUCUUCUGGAAGCGUAAAAUAUAUUAGAAAAGGAAGGGAUAGAAACACUUCCUCUGAAUCUUUACACACGGUUAUUAUUGAAAAUUUACAUUAUGAACUAUCUGAAGAGAAUAUCAGGUCACUUCUGUCUGAUUUUCACCCUCAUUCUAUUGAAGUGGAUUACGAUCGAGCCGGUCGUUCUGAAGGAACCUGUCGUGCUUUCUUCUUUUCGAAAGGAGAAGCAUCAAAUGCUGUUAAUAGCUUAGAAGGUCGUUUUGUUAAUGAUCAGCCUAUUAAGCUAUAUUUGAAACCUCCCACGUCCCUGCUGGAUCGAAUUUCUUUUUCCGGUACCGAAGAUGCUGGUAAAGAAGCUCCAUCUAGGAAACUAAGACGUUCAAAUAAAAAACGAAAUUCCCAAGCUCAUUCCAUUUCUCAUGAAGAUCUCGAUCGAGAACUUGAUGCGUACGCUGCUUCCUACCAAGCUCCUGCAAGUUUUGAAGACAAGCAAGAAAACAGUUCUGAUAAUACAAGACUAGAAGGGGGCGUUAAAGGUGAUGGAGUAGCAUCUGUACAAGAUACGGAGGAUAUGCAACUUGAUGAUACGUGAACUGAGUACUGUAUUAAAGCCAAAAAAAAAGAAAAGGUCUUAAUGAAAUUUGUUUUUUUUUGUACAGUAACAUA